AUGAAAGCCACAGCUCCCACUCUCCGCUGGCGGAACUUUGCCCGAGCAGAAGCCACCCGCGCCUGGGUCGAGGCAACCAAGAGACAAGCCCUCAACACCAGUGAUGACGACUCCCUGAGCGAUACCAACAGCCUCAACUCCCUCAGCGACGACAACAGUCUCGACUCAGACUCCGAUGCUGGUCGUCAACAACCACCCCAAACCACCAACCCCCCACAGCUCACCGGCGCCGCCAAGGCUCGUCAACGUCUGACAGCUGGCUCUCGGGGCCGUGUUACUCGUCGCUCUCUCGAACAAAGACAAGCCAUCAACACCUCAGACGAUGAGUCUGUCGACAGUCUCGACAACUCCCUUGACAGCGCCGGCUCCUCGGCCGAUGAAGCCCGCCCCUCGCCUACUUCCACCGCUACCAAACGUUCCAACCUCAGCUCCAAGACCCGCGCCCGUCUAGCUGCCAAGCAUCGUCGUGUGCUUGACGCUCGGCAGGCACUCGACAGUGACUCCGCUGAUAGCGUCAAUGACUCCCUCGACAGCGGCGCUGAGUCAUCUGCUGAUGAGGCCAGACCUCUGGGACGUCCCACUCGCACUCAGAAGCGUCAUGCCCGUCGUACCAUCGAUGCAAGACAGGCGCUUGACAGCUCAGCUGAUGAUGAUAACAGCCUGGACAGUCUCGACAGCGGGCUCAGCGACGGCAACUCCUCGGCUAACGAAGCUCGUCCCACUUUGGCUCCCACCAACCCUCCCAUUCUUGCUCCCAAGAACCGCAACCGUCUGACUUUUGGUCAGCGCCAGCAGCACAAGGCUGCUAUCCGCCGCUCCAUCGCCGCCAGACAAAACAACCUCCAGGACCCCAACACCUCGGACAGCAACUCUCUCAGCGACGAUAACUCCCUCAGUUCUCUUUCGGACAACAACUCUCUGGAUAGUAACUCCGUUGACUCUGCCUCUGACUCCGACGCCGCCAGACCGCAGCCUACCAACCCCGCAAACCUCACUUCCAAGGCUCCCAAGCGUCUCGGUGCCGGUGCUGGCGCCAGCUCACGGCCUACUCGCAUCAGCAGACGUGAAAUCCUGCCCCUGGGCAAAAGGAAUGCCCCUGCCGAGCAUCCGGAGCAACCAGAGGAAGAGGAUGAUGACGCGGCUUCUGUGUCCAGUGUUAGUAGUGGGGACUCUGAUGACGAGAAGAAGGAAGAAGAGGAGAAGGAUGAGACGGAGAAGGAGAAGACCAAGACAAGCACUGUGACUGCGGCUCCUAUUGUUACCGCCACUGGUAGCGUGGCUGCUACUACUACCGCCACCGUUGACGGCAGUGCUACUGCGACGAUUACCUCUACUUCCGCACCUUCCGCUACUUUGGAGCCGGAAGAUGCUUUGGCACCCGUCAACUCCGGCGACGCCACGGCGCUUCCGAACUUGUCACUUGCCCCGGCAGCUACGGCCACGCCAAGCAGUGUCCUCGGAGCUAUCGACGACCAGCCGCAGGCGGAUACGCAAGGCCAACAGAUACCGGUGCCGAUGGCGAAGAAGAUGAGCGCUGGUGCCACGGCUGGUAUAGUCAUUGGCGUAUUGGGCUUCAUCGCCCUCCUCGCCGGCGCCUUCUUCCUCUUUAUCAAAUGGCGUCGUCGUCAUCGCCAAUCCUCCCUCUUCGGCCCCAAGACCCCUCUAGCCGACGAAAAAGGCGGUCCGCCACCCACCAUCACAUUCACCCACCCCUCCUCCUGGCCCAACCAGAACCAGGGCCAGGGACAAACCGACAGCGCCCAGCGUGACCCCACCAACAACAACAAAACCAACAGCGAAGUAAUCAACGACCUGAUUCGCGCCGCUUACGCUGCCGAAGGAGAAGGCAGAAACACCAUGGCAGACGCUCACGAUGCAGCAAACCAACACUACCUCGACGAAAAAGCCUACGCCAUGCUCGCAGGCCACCCGCCCACUCCCGCCGCCACUGAAAAGCGCGGUGUAAGCAAGUGGCUAGCGGACGUCAUGACGCCUAGACAGUCUACUGUCUCCAUGUCGCAACGAUGGCCUUAUCCUGUUGAUCCACCGCCUGAGACUAUGCCGGUUGGUGGUGGUACAUAUAUGCCUGCAGGUAAUGGAAUGACUACUACCAAGCAAAAAAGGUUGACGCCGCCGAGAUUACCGCUGAAGCCGGUGGUGCCGCCUAGUAUGUUGAGGCCUGGUGCUGGUGGUGGUGCUGGUCCUGUGGGGGGCACGGGGUUGCCGCCUGGGAGUAAUGUUAACCCUAGAAUGACGGUGGCUACGCAGACGACGACUACCACUAGUAGCAGUGCGAGGUGGGGGUAAGUGGAUGGUGUUUCAUGGGCAGGUAGGUAGUUGGAGUGUUGAUGGAUGGGGGAGUUGAGUGUUGACUGCCUGUGGAAGAGAGUUUGUGGAGAUGGAUUGCACUGUAAGAGUACCGAGAAAGGAGGUCGAGUGUGUGAUGAUAGAAGUAGGUAGUUGAGACGUGGUUAUCGCAGUUUAAUAGACCGUUUAUCGGC